AUGGAGACAGCAUCUCCUUUCAGAGUCAUCAUAGUCGGAGCUGGCCUGGGGGGCCUAUCAUGCAGCAUCUCCUGCCGACUUCAAGGGUUGAGCGUCUUGGUCCUGGAAAAGGCACCAGCAAUCACCGCCGUUGGUGCUGGCAUUCAAGUUCCCCCCAAUGCAGCCAAGAUAUUGCGAAGCUACGGACUCUUGCCGUUGUUCGAAAAGCCUGCUAUUCAGCUCGAAUGGCAUGACAUGAGGAGGUACCGGGAUGGGCAGCUCCUGGCUUCAAGACCCGUGGGUGAGCACUUUAUCAAGCAGAUGGGCGCACCGUGGAUGGUCAUCCAUCGACAGGACUACCAUGCUAUCUUGCUCGAAGAAACAAAAAAGCUUGGGACGGAGAUCAGGCUGGACGCCAACGUGACAGGCCUCGACUUUGACCGAACAGAGGCAACGCUGUCGACCGGGGAGGUGAUACAGGGCGAUGUCAUCAUUGGAGCUGAUGGGCUCUGGUCAUCCACGCGCGACGCUAUUCUGGGCCACCUCUCGCCACCAGUUGAAACCGGUGAUCUGGCGUAUCGGGCGACUUUCUCCCGGCAGCAAUUGCUGGAACUGAAGGAUCCGCGGGUCGAAGACCUGUGUUCCAAAAAGACAGUGACGUUGUGGAUGGGACCUGAUCGGCAUUGUGUCUUCUAUCCUGUGCGUGGAGGCGCCGAAUUCAACCUUGUGCUUCUUCGACCGGACAAUCUUCCCACUGGUGUCAGAACUGUGAAAGGAGACCUCGACGAAAUGAGAAUGACAUUUGAAGGGUGGGAUGAAAUCCUAAUGAAACUGAUCUCAUGCAUUUCCUCGGUGUUGAAGUGGAAGCUUUGUCAUCACCAAGAGCUUGAGAAAUGGACACGGGGUCACAUUGCAUUGCUGGGUGAUGCGUGCCACCCAACUCUGCCAUAUCAAGCACAAGGGGCAGCAAUGGCGGUGGAGGAUGGGGCAGUGCUUGGAUUCCUGCUGGGACAAGUUACUGCCGUCCUGAAGCUGUAUGAGAAGCUGCGAAAGUCGCGGACCACGAUCAACGUGCUCGGGGCGGUGACCAACAGAAAAUACUUCCACCUCCACGACGGCCCUGAGCAGGAGGAGCGGGAUGCGACCCUGGCGAGUAUCGACUGGGACCAUUGUCAGACAAAGUGGAAAUGGAUAGAUAGUCGAUAUCAAGAAGACCUGUUGGGUUUUGAUGCACUCAAAGACGCACAGGACGCCUUUGGUGAAUGGUGGACAGAACAGGGUACCACCAAGUAG